AUGUCGCACGAAUCCCACCCCAUAACCCUCACGCGCUUCGCCUCCGCCCUCUCCGAACUCCCCAUCGACGCCAUCUACGGCAAAUACGCCGAGCUCCGCAACAACAUCGCGCACAUGGAGUCGUCGAAUAAACAGCUUGAAGACUUCGCGAGAGAGAACGAUGAUCGCGAGUGCUAUGAGGCGCUGAUGGAGAAUAAGAUGGUUAUCAAGAGAUUUGAGGAGAGGAUCGAGGCGCUGAAGAGGGAAGGUGACUGA